UGUUGAAUAAGAAAGGUAUUUUAACAAAUAAAAACCCAAAUCAACAAAAACACCAUCUCUAUCAGCUUCACAAACACAAAUUGGAGUCGCGCUGAACUCGCUUCGUCGUUAAAAAACGCUACCCUGAAAUCACCGCCGGAGUUUACCGUCUACCUCCAGAAACAAUCAAGAUGUCUCGAAGAUAUGAUAGUCGUACAACAAUCUUCUCUCCUGAAGGGCGUCUUUACCAAGUGGAGUAUGCAAUGGAGGCUAUUGGAAAUGCUGGUACUGCCAUUGGAAUCUUGUCAAAAGAUGGGGUUGUUCUGGUUGGCGAAAAGAAGGUGACAUCCAAGCUUCUGCAAACCUCAACUUCAACUGAGAAAAUGUACAAGAUUGAUGAUCACGUUGCAUGUGCUGUUGCUGGGAUUAUGUCUGAUGCAAACAUCCUAAUCAAUACUGCUAGGAUCCAAGCACAGCGUUACUCAUUUGCUUACCAAGAGCCAAUGCCUGUUGAACAGUUGGUUCAAUCUCUUUGUGAUACCAAACAAGGUUACACACAAUUUGGUGGUCUCCGUCCGUUUGGAGUCUCUUUCUUGUUUGCAGGAUGGGACAAAAACUUCGGCUUUCAGCUUUACAUGAGUGAUCCUAGUGGAAAUUAUGGCGGUUGGAAAGCCGGUGCUAUUGGUGCCAACAACCAGGCAGCACAAUCAAUUCUAAAACAGGACUACAAGGAUGAUAUCACAAGGGAAGAAGCAGUUCAACUUGCACUGAAAGUACUGAGCAAAACAAUGGACACCACUAGUCUUACCUCAGAUAAGCUUGAACUUGCAGAGGUUUUUCUUGCACCCUCUGGAAAAGUGAAGUAUCAAGUUUGCUCUCCAGAGAACCUGACUAAGCUGUUGGUGAAAUCUGGGGUGACCCAACCAGCAACAGAAACUGCUUAACUUGCUGUUCCGUCAUGUCAAAUUUACUUAUGGACAUUUCCGAAGCUCUUUGUUUCAGGAUAGAUGUCAGGAACUGUUCGAAGUUUAUUUUUAUGUUAAAACCAGUAAACUUCUUGUAUCUUGGUGAUGCUAAACUGCUAAUGGCUUUUUAUUUCAUAUAUGCUUCUUUGAUUUUAA